AUGUCUCAGCCACAAGAAGGGCCACGUUUAAGGUCUCUUAACAAACUUUUAGAAAAAUGUUUAUCAGAAACAUUAAACAACUUCAGUUACGCAAAGGUGGCACAGUGCUUUCCAACUUUAGCAAGAGAAAAACCGAAACGCCUUAAUGACGCUCAUGCUCAAGUUUUAACAUUUUUGAGAACUAAUGUCGAGGAAGAAUUCAAACUUAUUUUGAAAAAACGCAAUAUACCAGAAAAGUUGAACGAACUUGACGCGCUUAUUGCAAAGGCAAAACAACGGGAAAAAGACGGUCAAAAUUCUGUUCAACCUACAUCAAUGUAUAAUUUGAGCCCAAAAACAAUUAUCCGUGCUAAAACGAUACCACUAAAAGAGAAUGAAAUAAAACGUCUAGAAAGUGAAUUUUUAAAGAUUAGUCAAGAAAAUGAACAUUUGAUGUCUGAGCUGCGAUCUAAAAAAGAACAAUCAAAUUUUAUAACUUUGCCCGUGAUAGAAGCAAUAACCGAAAUCAAUGAG